ACGCUUCACUCACAUCACACACCAUGGGCAAGCGAUCCGAACAAGCAAAGAAGAAGCGCCGCCUGAAUAACGGCGGCGCGGCACCCAAGACCGCUGCCGUCCCCGCCCAGGCGCCAACCCCGCCCACCGACGGCUCGGACGAGCUCGUGCUCCCCGAGGAACACGAAACGACAGUCUUCACGCUCCGCACGCUGGCCGAGAACCCCGACGCGCUGGCCGGCAAGGAGAUGAAGGAUCUCAAGCGGUCAGUGUACGAGCUGCACCGCGUGCUUGCGGAGGGCGCGACGCUUGGCACCUCCUUGACGUCCCGCAUCUCGGCCGCGCUCCGCGACUACCGCUUCACGGACGCGCUGGUGCUCCUGUUCGAGAUGUACACGCGCCGCCUCCCGCCCAAGCUCGGCGCGCUGCAGCGCUGGGUGCGAGAGUGCGACGCGACGUCCAAUGCGGACGGCACGCCGGGCGACCCCGAGGCGCUGCGCUGCCUCGACAUGAUCCUGCGCAUCGCCAACCUCGGCUCUGGCGGUGCCGUCUCGGCGGGCGAGAGCGCCAACGCGAGCGACCACGUGCGGAACCCCAAGUUCUGGCGCGCGCGCGAGCCGGUCGAAGGCGAGAUCUCCAUCUGGGACAAGAUGCAGGCCGGCACGCUCUGGGGCGGCGCGGAACCGCCCACCCCGUACCCCGGCUUCUCGGCGUGCCACAAGGUGCUGGCGGCGGACCGCCGCCCGCCAAACCUGUACGACUCGACAGUGUACACGUCUGUCGACGGCGCGAUCGCCCUCUCGCCGCCCGAAGCGCGCCGCAAGCCCAGCAAGAUGGACGUGCCGGGCGUGCCUGGGGCGUUUAUCGUCCUCGACGUGUUCACGCCCGAGGAGUGUCUGCAGAUCAUCCAGGCGGCCACUGCUAUCGGGUUCGAGAAGGACCAGGCGGCGGACGGGAGCGCUUUGCAAAAGACCUCGAUCCUCGCGCGCAACUUUGUCUGGCUCGCUGACCAGCAGUUUCACGACCACUUCUACUCGCAGAUCAAGGACUUUGUGCCGCAGAACGCGCAGAUCCACGACGGCGUAGGCGGCGGCCGCGUGCGCGCACUCAACAAGCGCUUCAGGGUGUACCAGUACACCGAGAACCAGCUGUACCGACCGCACAUUGACGGCGCGUGGCCCGCCGCCGGGCUCUCGCCGGAGGGCGAGUACCUGCACGACUCGCAGCCUGCCGACGACCCCCUGUGGAGCAGGUACACGCUGCUCGUGUACCUCAACAGCGACAUACCCGAGGGGACGGGCAGCACGACGUACUUCCUCCCUUCGUCCGAGAUGGGGGUCAUGGACGCGACGAGCGUGCGGCCGAUUCAGGGCGCCGUGCUGUGUUUCCCACACGGCGACACGAUGGGUUCGCUCCUGCACGAGGGCUCGGCUGUCGGCGCGGGUGGCGGCAAGCUCGUCAUCCGCACUGACUUGCUGUACGAGGCCAAGGGCUUCGGCGCGUUCAAGCCCCCCGUCCCGGUGCUCGAGUAGGCGCGCCGGCGUGCACACCACAUCCAAAGCAACACUUCAUUCUUGUACAUAUUACCACGCAUGGCAUCGAGUUGAACGCAGCACCUGGAGGAGAGGUUGCAGCUGGAGGUGGAGCCAUGGGCGCCGGGAGACUGGAGGCGGCGAGUGCCACAAACCCCGGCCCAUGCCACAAGGGCACGUUUUCACAAUCGCUACCAUUACAUACACCCAUACAAUUGUCCUAGUAUCCUAUGUGUAUAACGGAA